GUAAUAUUGUACCGUAUACAUGGACAAUACCCGGUAAAUUGAUGCUGUUUUAUUUAUAAUAUAAGGAAUUCUUACGCUUCUUGAGAAGCAUUUACUUGAGAGGAAUACAAAAUGAGAAAAAUACGAAAAGGACUAAAGAUUUUCCGGACUUACCCAAUAGUAAUUUGUUUAUGCGUUGGCUACAUCUAUAUAUGUAUGAAUUUUUUCGUUAAAACAACUCCGGAACACCGUAUUACACACAAUCAAAUGACUGUUAUUACUUAUUUCACGGAUAAAGGAGUUGAUGGCGAAACUAGAGCGAAAACUACAAAAGAAGAUAAGCAAACAGACAUUCGCAAUAUACCUAAAUGCAAUAUGUCUAGCUAUAUUGCUUAUGGUAGUGGCCUUUGUCUUACAGUGUUGUCCAAGAGAAAGAUUUCUUUACCAUCAGAUGUAAUAAUGGGUAAAACGUUAAAGCUGAGUCAGCAAAAAAUAAUGAAGACUAAAGCAGGCAGUAGAAAUCAUCGGAACGAUUAUUUAUUGUCAAGAGAAGAAAACUGUAGCAUUGAUAAGGUUGUUCAACAUUGUCACACUUUAAGGGAAUCGUAUAUAUAUGGAAAACAUAACACUUCGACUGAAGAGAAGUUGUAUCCACUAGCGUUUGCAAUGAAAAUUCAUACAUACGGUAACCAAGCACACAGACUUUUAAGAUACAUUUAUCAUCAACAUAAUAUAUACUGUAUACAUAUCGAUGGAAAAGCAGAUAUUGAAAUCUACAAGAGAUUCAAACUAAUUGAGUCAUGUUUUGAUAACAUUAUUGUUAUCGAAGAUCGAGUACGUGUGGUAUACUCAACAAUACGUGUUGUAGAGGCAGAGCUAAAAUGUAUGAAAGCUUUAAGUGGAUCAACAACGAAAUGGAAAUAUUAUAUCAAUUUAACUGGACAAGAAUUUAUGUUGAAGACCAAUGCAGAACUUCUGAAGAUAUUAAAAGCUAUGAAUGGAACUAAUGAUAUUGAAAGUUAUCCGGUACCAUUUACAGAAUAUCACAAAUUCAAACAAAGGACAUUUAUCAUAAACGAAAAUCCUAUUAUAACGCGUCAAAAGAAGCAAGGAUUUCGUCAAAACAUUAAAAUACAUAAAGGAAGUGCUUACGGAAUGUUUAGUAGAGAAUUUGUAAAUUUCAUUUUAAAUGAUAACUUUGUGAAAGAUUUUUUGAUUUGGUUAGGAGACACUUACGCUCCAGAAGAAUUAAUCUGGGCAACAUUACAAGUGUUGCCAGGUACUCCCGGAGGGCGUUCCAACUCAGUGUCAACCAAAGACAUUUAUAUUUCACGGGCUGUCAAGUGGCAAAUGGAUCAAACAGUAACUUGUCAUGGAAAAUACGUACACUGGAUUUGUAUUUAUGGUUUAGAAGAUCUUCCAUGGUUACUUAGUCAUAGAAAUAUUGUUGCAAACAAAUUUUAUGAAGACUUUGACCCACUUGCCUUAUAUUGUGUUGAAAAUAUUAUGUAUUUAAGGUUAAUGCAUGGCAAAUGAUCACAUUGAUCUGAC